AUGGACAGCGAGUACCUCAAGUCCACUGUAGGCGAGCCUUUGAGGCUCUGCUUGGCCGAGCUAUGUGCCAAAAUGCCGGCCGACCCCAUCGAGUUCAUAGGUCGCUGGCUGUACAACUAUAAAAAACGAAUGUACGACGAGAUGAUAGCCCGAGAGGAAGAGCGGCUCAUGGGAGUGGAGAAGGUGGAACUGGAGAGGCGGCUCCGAAGACUGGCUUUUCUGAAGGCCGAGCGGGAACUGUUCGAGAUCUUACUGAGACAGAGUAUGGAGGAGUCCGGACACCUUGAGCGCGGGUCCCCGUCUUUUGUGUACAACUACUUCACGGUUAGGGGCCCUGAUGACCCAGAAAUCAGCUACGUGGAGGAAGAGGAGGACAGUGGAAGAGGAGAAAGUGGAAGGAGAGGAGGGAGUGGAAGGAGCCAAGGAAACGGGAGAGGAGCUGCCUCCUGA